AUGAUGGUGCCCGAUGCCUGGCGAUUCUGGCAGGCGUCGUCGAGCGGCGCGUAUGUGCCUGCUCAGGUACAAUACGUCAUGCUGUUCUCGCCCGUGCUCACCGAGCACCUCGGCGCCGAAGACCCCGCGCGACUGAUCGGUCAGCUGCUGACGUGUACGAGCAGAGAAAGCGCCGUGUCCCACGUCCAGACGGUGCGCCGGAUCGCUCUCGCCAAUGCCUUUAUUGACUUUGGCACGUCGAUGCAGCACCAUUGCCGACCGGAAGCAAGUGAUGAGAUGCGCACGCUGGCGAUCCACUCGUCGCAUCGGCGCUUCUACCUCGUGGAAGUCGUGCCGGACAUGUGGCUGCAUGCCUGUGUGACACUCGCGCAGAAAGACGGCGAGGCACUUCCGUACCUCGUCGAUGCAUGGAUGCAGCGCCAGAUGCUCGAUGCGUGGCAUGGAUGGCGUCUGCAGCACGGAUCGCCUCAUGAACUUAUGCGCACGCAUGGCCGCGAGGCACUGGAGCACCGCCUGGAAUCGUACUUUUCCAAGUGGGCGUGGCUGUGGGACGUCGACGCACAGUAUGCGCCCAUGCUCCGUGCCUCGAAGCCGCCUGGCAUGCCCCCGGGCCUCCUGACGGAAACGACGCCGACGCUGCCGCUCGUGCCAGACGUCGUACCGGACGACUUGGCGCUGCCGCUGAGCUGGUUCGCCGAAAAGGGCCAAAGUAUGGAUACGCCUGCGCCGAUGGAUCUGCUGUUGCUGUACGAUGACAAGCUGCUAUGGCCUCGCACGCAUCCUACGGGCUCUGCGCUUCUCUCGCCGCAGGACCGGCGUCAUGUCGCACGAUACGUCCUGGAGCGUCUAGUGGGCCUGGACGCGGAGCGGGCGAAGGCCGCCCUCGUCAAGCCGCGACAGGCGCCGCACGACACGGCGCUGAGCGACUUGCCGUACGUUGCGGCCAUGCUCGGCGAAAUGCCCUCGUCGAUGGAGUGGCCACGCCCGCCCUCUGGGCAAGACGUGCCGCCCACAGCUUUCCAAGCGCUGCACGAGCAGCUCGAGGCCUUGGAUGCGCCUACGCCCGCUGAUCAGGCAGCGCGCCAACUCGAGGACAUCACGCGUGCGUACGCCCGGACGUCGACGAUGCGUGCACGGCGCCGAGUCGGCACGGUGCCUCAGCACGAUCCGCCGCCAUCGUCAUGGUAUGACGCGCACGAUGUGCCUGUGGUGCCGCACGACUUUGCGCUCGAUGGAUGGGGGCCCGAAACGCCCAUGCUCUCGCGCCACGCGACGCUGCAUGUCAAGGCGCACGAUGCGGAGCCCCUCGGCGCCUCGUCGUCUUCGUCCCGACCAGUGGAUGUGAUGUACAUGACGCGGCAGCUGCUGACGGUCGUGUUGGUAUGGGAUCGCGGCCGACUCGACGCCGACGAGCGGCGGACGUGGGAGAGUCCUGCGUGGGACUUGCUGCGUCGUGUUCAGCGCGCUUUGCAUGACGUGCAGCGGCGCACGCCGUCCGAGCGUGUGCCGUUCGUGUGCAUCGACGAGGCAGCGGCGCAGUGCCUCAAUGGGCUCACGCCGAUCCCGUCCGGCGCGGAGGCGCAGCUGCUCACGGCGCAGUCGUGGAUGAACGGGGGCGCCAGCGAGACCCUCGCGCGGGCCGACAACCACUCGUUCUGGGUCGCGUCACGACACGCGAAGGACACAUCGACACGCAUCUUUGUCGCGCUACAUGGCAACGAGCAGCGGCGCUAUGGUGUUUCGGAAUGCGACCAGCAAAUGCGCCGCCUCGCGGCACAGCACAGGGAGUGGGGCCUCUAA